AUGGUUGGAGUGAGACAAGUCGUUCCUAGUACACUUAACGCCAGCCGCAGUCAAGUCACGUUGGCCAGCGAUUAUCAUAUAAACAGCCGCAUUACUGUACCGGGAAUAUUUAUAAAUGCUAAACGCACCUUAAAUGGGAAUGCUUGCAAUACAUUUCGAUGUAAUGGAUUGAUGGACGUGGGCUUCGGAGGUGGUAUUCGCUUAAUGGACGUUCCUGGGAGCAGGACGUCGGCGGAGGAUGAGAAAGUCUGA